AUGGAGCGCCAGAAACUCCCAAGUCUACAGGGCCGACUCGCCACAUUUCUUCGAAAGGUCGAGGAUCCUAAGGAUUGUCUGCCUGUCAUUGAGGGAUGUUUGCGAAAAGCGAGAGAGCUCGUGAAAGAGUUCGAAGAAAUCGCGACGACCUUUGAAGGAGAUGCAGCCAAACGUCGACAGCAGUCGGCUCUAAGCGAAUCCCGUCUACUCGAUUCUCGACCCGACUUGGUUUCUUCUUCGCUCCAACCUCACAGGCGCACCCACGCAGCUACAGCGGCAAGUGGCUGGCAUCCCCCUCUUGCUAACCCGUCGACUCCUUUACAUGCGCCCACGAACAGUGCAGACCAAGUGCCUAGCCCGCAACAGUCACGAGAUGGCGGACAUCAAGACAAUGUCCAACACCUGCUUGUUUUGCCAGAAUUGGAUAUUCCUCCGCACCAGAGAAAGCAGACUCCCAAACAGAUGUCCUGCACCCUCUUGGAACACCAGAAGAUCGGCCUUACUUGGCUGAUCGAGCAGGAAAAGGAUCGACAGAAAAAAGGAGGUCUCCUUGCAGACACCAUGGGCUUGGGGAAGACUGUGCAAGCUUUGGCAUUGAUACUGGCGCGUCCAUCUAAAGACCGAAAUUGCAAGACGACCCUCAUCGUUGCCCCUCUAGCACUCCUUAAACAAUGGGAGCAGGAAAUCUUAACAAAAGUCGAGCCGAGAUACAAACUCAAAACUCUCGUACUUCACGGUCCGAAUGCCAAAUUGCGGACGGUCUCGGACAUUCUUAAGUAUGACAUCGUUUUGUGCACAUACGGAAAGUUGCAAAUCGAGUACAAGAACAAGUUCGAGCACAACCAGCCCGCGAAGCUGAGAAUCUUGGCCAAAAACGCAAAGUUCCAUCGCGUUAUUCUGGAUGAAGCACACAACAUCAGGAACCAGCUCACCUACGGUUCUAAAGCCGCAGCGGAGAUUCAGUCAACGUAUCGGCUUUGUAUGACUGGCACUCCCUUCAUGAAUAGGGCCGAAGAGAUUUUCCCGCUUAUACGUUUUUUGAACAUCCCACCUUACAACGUAUGGGAACGCUUCAGCGAGGACAUCGUCAGACCGCUGAGAAAUUGGGAGGGGGAUGUCAAGGAGCAAGGCAUGAUCAAGCUCCAGGCCCUUUUCAGAAGUUUCACACUACGUCGAACGAAAGACAGCCAGCUGGACGGAAAGCGUAUCAUCGAGUUACCACCCCGUACCGAUCAACCAGCAUAUACGGCAUUCGAUGACGAGCAGCAAGAAUUUUACAAGGCUCUUGAAGUGCAGCAACAGUUGCAAUUCAACCGAUACCUGGUGAAUGGCGCGGUGAUGAAGAAUUACAUCCAUAUCCUCAUACUGCUGCUGCGAUUACGUCAGGCGUGCGACCACCCCUUCCUUCUCAAGAAUCGUGGUAUUCCGGAAGGAACGAAGCUCGACGAGAGACAGAUGAUCAAGCUGGCGUGCGGUCUGCCACGCGAUGUGGUGGACGCACUGCGACUGCAGAAUCAAUUCGAUUGCCUUAUCUGCAGCAGCGUCACAGAAAACCCUAUUAUCAUCCACCCCUGCGGUCACCAUAUCUGCGCGAACUGCUUCAGCGCAAGUGUGGUUGUUUCAGAGUCCGAGGAACUUGGUGAUGAUCAGCCAGACGAUGACGAUGGAAGUAAGGCUAGACAGAAUCGCCUCGUCCCUUGUCCUGGUGAGCAGUGCAAGCACAGCAUCACACCGAAGAACAUCAUAUGUUACAACCUUCUCAAUGAUGUGCCCGAUUCCGAUUCAGAGAGCGACGACGAUGAAAUCAGCCAGGACGAUAUCGACAGAUACGGUAACCUUAGAGAUUUCGUCAUUGAUUCUGACGACAGCUCUGAUGACGGAAGCUCUGAUAACGAGGGGGAUUUUUAUGAUGCGAACGAAUACGACGAAGGCAACGAUUCUGAACAUGAGUCCGACGGAGACGGACGAAUGGCCUACAUUGGCGAGUCUGCAAUCUUCCAGAUGGAUGGUGCCGAUGAUGAGCUCGACUCCGAGCUCGAAAUUCGAACUCCCAAGCGCAAGAUCUCUGCCAGCAUGCUUGGAGCUCAUAGCCGGAAGAGGUCCCGAACAGUCGCGGAGAGAAUGAGCGACAUCCAGAAGGGAAAAGGCACCAAGGUGAAGUACCUGUCAUUGGCUGAUCAGAGGCAAGCUGCGCAGCGAAGCGCAGUCGCAAUGAACCGUUACAAGGAGCGUCUGCGCAAAGAGUUCAUAUCCAGCGCCAAAAUCGACGCGAUCAUGGAAAUCUUGGAAGAUAUCCGCCCAACAAGGGAGAAAACAUUGAUCUUCAGCCUGUGGACUUCGUUCCUCGACUUGGUCGAGAUCCCCAUCGAGCGGGCAAAGCUCAAGUUCACCCGGUACGAUGGCUCCAUUAGCCCGAAGGCACGAGAGGCAGCGGUAAAGUCGUUCAUGGAGGACCCGACCAUCAAGGUCAUGCUGGUAUCGCUGACGGCGGGCAACGCGGGCCUGAACCUUACCGCGGCAAGCCAGGUCAUCGUCACUGAGCCCUUCUGGAACCCCUACGUUGAGGAGCAGGCCAUUGAUCGAGCGCACAGGAUUGGCCAGAAGAGGCCUGUCACGGUGCACCGAUUACUGAUUGCCGGUACAGUAGAGGACCGCAUUGUGGCGCUGCAGGAGAGGAAGAAGAUGCUUGUCGACGCGGCGCUCAGCGAGAAGGGCGCCAAGAGCGUCUCGAGGCUGGAUGUGGCUGAGUUGAGGAACCUGUUUGGACUUUGA